AUGAAUGAAAAUUAGCCUUCAAUAUCCUUCGUAUUUUAGAUUUUGUUUUUAAUAAUUGCGUUGUUCAAUGAAAUUCACAUCCAAGUAUUCAACAUUCAAGCAAAGACUCAUUAAAUCAAUUGUCAAGAGGAAAUGGCCUGUUAACUAGACUACUUGAAUGGAAUGGUUAACUAUUUAAACAUAGGCAUUUUAGUAUUUGAUCAAAAUUACAAAUUGAUUUAUAGAACUCAGCAUAUGGAUAAAAUCGAAUCUUUCUUAGAAUUUCAAAAUCAAACUGAAAAUAUAACAUACAACCCCAAUAGAUCAGAAUCCUAAAAUAUAGCCAAUCUCAAAUUAUUGACUCAAAAAUAAACCGAUAAUAUCUCCUUUUUAGAAGAUAUUAAAGUCAGUGGUUAUAGUUAAAAUGAGAGUAUCACUAAAAAAAUUCUCACCUUAAAGCAAAUAAUUGAAAAUGCUUAAAAUAUUGAUUUUGAAUGCAAUUAUUACAAAUUCAAAAUUAUAGGACCUAACCAGGAAAAAUUGAGAUACUAUUUGAAAUUCUCAUAAAUGAUCAAGAAAAAUUAAACCAUAUUUAUAUUUUCUUUUUAAUUGAUUAAUGAGAACUAUGUGGAUAUAAAAAAAGAUCAAAAGUUCAGGAACAAUCUUAUAAGUUCAUUUAGCCAUAAGUUGAAAACUCCUUUGCAUGCCGUCAUCACUUAUUUAGAAAUCUGUCUAAACGAUUAGAACUUGACUAAGUAAUUGAUAGAUACUUAUAUUAAACCUUGUUAUUGGAAUUCAAAGAUAUUGCUCUAUACUAUCUAGGAUAUUUUAGAUUAUGUUUCUUAUUAUUCUUAUUAGAGACAAAAUUUGAACGUAAAGACCAUAAACAUAAUGAAAUUAAUAUCAGAAAUUAAGGACCUAAUUAUUACUUAAUGUAGUUAGAAGAGUAUUUAAUUUAGGAUCAAUUACAAUAAUGAAGAUUUCGAUAAGAUUUAGGAAUUUUGCUUUGUACAGUCAGACCUCAAUAAGUUGAUGAGAAUCUUGGUGAACCUCUUAAAUAAUGCUUACAGAUUUACACCCUAAGGUGGAUUUAUAGAACUGGAUGUUGAUGAAGUAAGAAAAGGUGAUUCCAGAUUAAUUUAAUUUACUAUCUCUGAUAGUGGUGUUGGUUUAAGUCAAUAAGCUCAAGAAGAAAUUGCUAAGCAGAUGUAAAUGCAUCAAUAUUAACAACAAUAGAGAUCGAGAAAACAAAGCCAAUUGUAAACCUAAUCAAUUGAUAAAGGCAAAUGCUAAUAAAAUUUAAAUCCAAAAAAUGAGGUUUUAGGCAUUAGUUUAAAAAUUACUACAAAACUUAUCUACUAAUUAAAUGGAACAUCCCCAUUCAAAAUAGAGAGCUUACCUGGCUAAGGAUCAAAAUUUUCAUUUUGCAUAGGAGAUUUAGAUUUACCAAGUGGUUUGCAUCCUUAAUCUGCUAGAAGAAUUAAAAAUAUAUCCAUGAGAUCUAAUAGGAUUAUAGCAGAUUUCCUCACAUUGUAAUCAGAAACUAAUUGUGGGGUUGAGGAUGAAAAAACAGUAGUUGGACAAAUAAGAAAAAUAGAUCGGGUGAAGCCAAGUAUGCUUAAAAGUCUAAACUCUAAUUAUUUUCGUUAAAAUGCUAGGGUUACUCAAAGAAAUACAAAAUUAAUUCAAGGAACAACGUAAAUUCGAUAGACGUAGAAAAGGAGCAAAUAAAAUUUAGUUGAAGAAUCUGGAGCAAUUGUGGUAGUUGAUGAUGAACCAUUCAAUCAUAUUUCUUUAGAGAUGGUUCUCAAUAGUUUAGGAUACAAUAGAAUAGUUCAUUGUUAUAAUGGUUAAGAGGUUGUGGAUUUUGUAAAGAGAUAAAAGAAUAUCAGAAUAAGAACAGUUUUGAUGGAUGUUGAUAUGCCUGUUAUGGAUGGUAUAACUGCCACUUCAAUUCUUUCUAAUUUAAUGGAGCAAGAGAAAAUUAACCCAUUUUAAAUUAUUGCUUGUACUGCCCAUGAGGAUGAAGAGACUAAAUAAUAAUGUUAUGAAGCUGGAGUCGAAUAAAUAGUUGUUAAACCAGUGUUCUCUUCAAUUCUUAAGGAUGCACUAUAAAUCUAACAUUGA